AUGGCCGAAACGGCAACAAACCUCUCUGAAAAUGCCACCACAGAACCCACACCUGUUGCAGGACAAAAAAUUAAUUCAUUUAAAGUCGGGUGGCUCUUUGUACAUGAAUAUUAUACCAUCUUAAACAAAGAACCAUGGCGUCUACAUUGCUUUUACGGACGCAAUUCUAUCCUCAUCCGAGGUAAUGAAGGUCAAAAAGUCAUGUCGAGUGUGGGCGAGCAG